UGCUUGCCUCCUCCAUCACAUCAGUCUCUCCUCCUCUCUCCUCUUGUGAACUUCACAAAGCUCCUAGAAUGUUCUCAAAGGUCGCCCUGUUUGUCGCUGUCUCGGUGUUUGCGGGAGUCGCCAUGGCAUUCCCGGACGUCUACGAGCCUGUUUACUACCCCGAACCUCUCCCGUACUACUUCAACUACGACGUCCACGACGACUACAAGGGCGCGCACUACAGCCGAAACGAGAAAUCCGACGGGAAGGCUUUGUACGGGUCCUACACAGUCGCCCUCCCAGACGGCCGGAAGCAAACUGUUGACUAUACUGCUGACCACUACAAGGGUUUCGUAGCCAAGGUCAGCUACUCCGGCAAGGCCCAGCACCCUAAGUUUUAUGGGCCUGCGAUCACAUUCAAGCAGAACGGCGGGUAUCACUGAAGUUGUUCCAUCUCUCAACUCAACUUUAUAUGAUGUUACGCCAUUCUGCAGCCAUACAUUAUCCAUUAAUUUGUAUUUUCAUUAAUAAAUAAGAGCCAUUUAACCAA